UAGACCGUGUAAACAAGGACAGCUCCACUGACCUGUGAGGAAGAGAACAUCUUCUUUUCUAGUCCAAAGGCUGGAAACCGCUGUUAACUGAGGAGUUUCAAGUACUAUAACACGGGAGCAAGGAAGAACAGGAAGACUGAGGACCGACCGUGGGUGCAUUUCAAGUCGGUCCAUGCAGCCCGACACGAUGAAACUGGUAAAGGCAUGGAUUUGUAUUCUUCAAUGUUUGGUGCUUUUGCGGAGUAGCACCGACGCUAAGACGCAUGUCGAACUUUUCAAUUGCAAUGAUGCCUCGGGAACCUUCCUUAUCAGCGGAAAUAGCUGGGGUAAACAAAAGAGCGCUUCAGCUCCAACGAAAUGCACUUUGCUUAAGUACGUUCUCAUAACACCCCCGGAUGUCGGUGAUACAUGUGUGCAGGAUUUCAUGAAACAUUUAAGCAACCGAUUGGGAGAAAACAUUACAGUCUGGGCCAACGAUACUUCUUCUCUAUCAUGCUAUAAGAAUAUUCCAGUGCAGUGUCCUGCAACUGCUGUCGUCAUUUGCAAAAACAACUUACCGGCCGCAGCUUUAGGCCAACGGAGUUGCAACAGGUCAGUGACCUUGAAUAAUGGAGUGGUUGCAUAUCCAUCAGGUACAACUUUCCCAUCGCAAGCUAUCUUUGAUUGCGACUCUGGAUACUACUUGGACACCACGAAAAGUCGUCUACGUACCUGUUCAAGUAGAGCCUCGUGGUAUUGGCCAAAAGCGCCUGCUGAGUGUGAAGCUUACGAUUGCGAAUCAUCCCUUACAAUUCUUCGUGGAACGCUUUCUGGAAAUGCACCAGUAUUUACCGCAAGCUGCAACUCAGGUUACAAGUUAAUCGGUGAACCUCGGGUUACAUGUACCAGCGCCACUGAAAGCACAAAGAUACCGAUAUGCUUACAAAUCUUUCAGUGUAAGAACACUAUAUCAAGGACAAUACAGAAUGGACACGUAGAAGGAACGGCGCCUCAGUUCACUGUUCGUUGCCACCGUGGUUUUCAACUGAUUGGCGAUGCUCAAGUUACAUGUACCAGCAAUACGACAAGUACAUGUGUACCAAAAUGUUUGCAAAUCAAAUGUCCGGCACUUCGUCCACCACAAUCCGGCAAGACUGUAGAAAUCUUUCCAGGCAUCGUCUUCUAUGCAUGCAAUGCAGGAUUUAAACUUGUAGGCACAUCAGCUUUAAGGUGUAUGGCUAAUGGAAGCUGGUCGACUAGUAUGCCUCAAUGCAACCGAAUUCUAUGCUUACCAUUUGCUCCACCCAAGAAUGGUACAUUUGUACGAAGUUCACGGAGGGUGUUUGGCAUCACCGAGUUUGUAUGCAACGAAGGAUACGCACUCAAAGGGCAGAGAUCUUCAGUAUGUAAGGAGGAUGGAACCUGGUCAUCUAACGCACCCUCGUGUGAAGCAAUUAGAUGCUCCCAACUUGCUCCACCCAAGAAUGGUACCGUUGUAAGAAGUUCUCUAGUGCUAUUUGGCAUCAUCGAGUUUGCGUGCAACGACGGAUACGCACUCAAAGGGCAAAGAGCUGCAAUAUGUAAGGAGGAUGGAACCUGGUCAUCUAAAACACCAAUGUGUGAAGAAGUGAUCCAGUGCCCAAAAAUUGGUGAACCCGCUAACGGAAUCAUUGUCAGAAGCUCUCACGUUUUCCUGGGUGUCACUGAAUUCGCGUGCGACGAAGGAUACUCACUCGUAGGCAAUUCGUCGUCAGUCUGCAUGAGCAAUGGCAAUUGGUCAUCUAAUGCUCCAAAGUGUCAAGAAAUCCAGUGCUCAGCACUUGCUGAACCCGAUAAUGGAAUCAUUGGAAGAACCUCUCAUGGUGUUUAUGGUGUUACCGUCUUCGCCUGCAAUGAAGGAUACUCACUCAUUGGUAUUUCAACUUCAGUCUGCAAGAGUGAUGAGAAAUGGUCAUCUGAAGCACCAAAGUGUACAGGCUUUGGAGACGUCACCGUCAAUGGCACACCUGAUGCCAACAGUGGAACUCCGCAGAAAAUGUUCGAGCCGUAUCUCGUGGGAGCUGCGGCAGGAAUUGUCGUGGGAUUUGCAACUGCUGUAGCAAUGUUUGUGGUUUGGAUGCGGGUAAAGACAGAACGCACGCUAAAGAUUACCAAAGAAUCUACUAACCCAUUUCCUCCGCCUGCUGCCGUUGAACUGAUUGAUAACAGUGCAUACGGCACGGUGGAUGUACCUGCUGUUCAAAACGAAUGUGUUUAUGAGCAUGUGUCUGAGCUAUCAUAGUGUAUGACUCUUUAUCCAAUGUUAUCUGUAGUUUCCAGUAUUCAAAAUCACGUCCUUGUGCAUCAUUGAUGAAUAAUGUCACGAUCAUCCAGUCAGUUCCGUACAUCUCUUUUUUCUUCGGAAAGUAACCCUCACUCCUAUCAUAAACCAUGGAUGGUGUGUCACCCUUAGUAUCAUUUCAGACUACAUUCCGAGCUGGAAUUAAGAAAAACUUCAAAUAUUUCACCUGCACUUAAACAUCACCCAGAGAAUUUAAGUAUCCUUUCUCAAAACCGACUGUGGUGCUAAGUCUCAUUCAUCGUGAAUUUGAAAUCAAAAUCAACUUCGCAGUAUUCUUGACUACAUUCUGUUUCUUCUAUUGGAUAUCAAUUUCUUAAAGCACCCUGCAUAUGUGCACCGCUUUUGAGUCCUUUUAUUAGCUUCAGGUUUAAUUUAAUGUUCCUUUCCUGUCCAUCAUUGUGCUCAACUUACGCGAUUACAUGUAUAAUAUUCACGAAAUUCUGCUUUGUUACAUGUAUGGUCACCACGCUAUUCCCUUCGUCUUUCCUUUACGAUUUUCGUGGACACAAUAAUGUGUAGAAGGUAGU